ACAUUCUCCAUUUUUCCUUUACGUACAUAUUAAUUCAAUGCACUCCCUCUUUGGAAAUUCCUUCCACUAAAAUAAACAAAUAGGCAGCAGAAGACCAUCGCUUUAUAGAGUAUGAAAAUGGAAAUGCACGAAGUCUUUCACAUGAAUGGAGGCGAAGAUGAAGCCAGCUACUCCCGAAAUUCUUCUCAUCAAGUAAUUUAUUAAACCUCUACUUAUUCUCUACUAUCUUUACUUACUAGUAUUUCUUUUUUUUAGUAACAAAAAUAGUAUGUACAUGUACAGAAAUUUAAUUUAUACAUAGUUGUACGCAAAAUGAACAACUGGAGUAAUUAAUGUUACUUUCGCAGAGUUGUAAAGUGGAAUAUCAUUAUUCAUAUAAAUAUAUACAUGUGUGUUUGAUUAAGUAUAGAGGUUGAUUUUGAGGAAAGUGAAGCCCUUCCUUCGAAAAUACAUCGGAAAAUGUUGGUUACGAGAAAUGGUGGAAAUGGAUCUCCCAAAUGAUUGCAUCAAGGUAGCUGAUCUGGGAUGCUCUUCAGGGCCAAAUACAUUUGUGACCAUCCAACAUAUCGUACGGAGCAUCGACGAAGCUUGGUCCCAAAUUUCAGAUGAAGAACUGCCCAACAUUCAGUAUUUCCUGAAUGAUCUGGUGUCCAAUGAUUUUAACCUUGUUUUUAAAGGGCUGCCCAAGAUUUAUGAAAGGCUAGAGAAUCAAGAAAAUGGUCGGAAAUUCGGGUCAUGCCACAUUGCGGCUCUGCCGGGCAGUUUCUACGGCAAGUUGUUUCCGGAUCGCUCCAUGCACUUUGUUCACUCUUCUUACUGUCUCCACUGGUUAUCCCAGGUACCUGGAGGGUUGUCGACGGAAUCGGGGAAACCAAGGAAUAAGGGAAGUAUUUACUAUAACAAGACAAGUCCUCCUUAUGUGCAACAAGCAUAUUUAAACCAAUUUACUACAGACUUUAUGAUGUUUUUAAGAAUGCGUUCUCGGGAGAUGGUAAAACAUGGACAAGUAUUUUUAACAUUUAUAUGUAAAGAUAGCGAGGGAGUUGAAGGUUCCGACUACCUAUCUUUGUUGGGGAAUGCUUUAUCCGACAUGGUGGCUGAGGGACACAUAGAGGAGGAGAAGUUGGACACAUUCAAUAUGCCCAUCUACCACCCUACAAUUCAAGAAGCGAAGCAGAUCAUUGAAAAUGAAGGAUCUUUCAAAAUCAUGCGUUUUCAAACCUUCAAGACCUGUCUCGAUGCUAGUUUUGAAUCCAGAGCUUUCGAUGAUGAAGAUAAUCGAAUUGGUAGGGCUAGAUAUGUGGCCACAUACCUGAGGGCAGUUUGUGAACCCAUUUUAGCAAGUCAUUUUGGGGAGGCCGUCAUGACUAGUUUGUUCCAAAGACUAGCCAAGAAGUUGGUGAACAUCUUGGAAAUGAGGCAAGGCCUCCUUAACAAUCUCGUCAUUUCCCUUCGCAAAGAAUGA